UUUUAUUAUCACCAUAAAAAUGUUUGGAAGGAUAUUUGUCUCAAAAAGUUCGACUGCUAAGCUCGCGAUGAGCACCGGGAAGACCCUCCUCGCCAGUAGGAGUGGCAUACCUAGCCACCAAGCGAGAAGCUUCCAUAGUUUACAGAUGGCUAGGAGCAAACUCCCAGGAGUUUGCCUUUAUUCCAGCAGAAGUAUGGCUCCUUUAGGAGCUAGACUUUGCUCUACAACUACAGGAGUUAGUAAUUCUAGUGGCAUUGACCAGAUCGUAAGCAAAUUCCAAAGCUUUAACCAACUCCCUGAUGUUAUGGAGAUCACUCAGAUCAUGGAACGGAUUGUUAACACCACUCUCACAGUUGAGGAACAUAAUGGGUUCCAGCCCUUCAUGGAGGAAGUCGCUGAUGUUGCCCUCAGAAAUAUUGAUGAUGCCAGUAAUGGAUCUCAAGUUCUUACUUACAUGAGAUUCUUCCUUGAAAAGGGUGAUUCAAGUCCAUCUGUCUGGAGAAGAGUAGAUCAGGCUCUGCUCACAGUACUUGAAAACGCUUCUACUGAAACUAUUCUUGAAAUUUAUGAAUUAUUGAAGAAUAAUAAGAGACUUACUCAAGAAAGCGGCAUGGCAAUUGCCAAUGAGCUCAAAAACAGAAUUUCCUCUACAGAUUUAUCCAAGAUCGCUACCUCAACCUCAAUAAUUUGUGCAUUCAGCCUUCAGGAUCAUGAAUUCACCACUGCUCUUGAGGAAGGCCUGCUUGGGUUAUCUUCUACAGACUCAACUAUACCGACUGAGAAUAUUAAGAAAAUGUCGACUGAGGAUUUCUCACUUCUGUGUAGGAUGAUUUCUCAUUAUAACCUCACUCUUGAUGAAUUCUUGCUCAAUUCCAGAUCGUAUGUGACUGAAAAGAUGAACCGCUUCACUCCACAAGAGCUUGGAGAUGUGCUAUUCACUUAUCUAGUUAGGAGCCAAGACUCUGAACUAGCAAUAGCCGCUGAGAAGAGAAUCUUAGAGGUCAGGAAAACCUUGACUAUUGAUGACUGCAUUUCCUUGAUGAAUGCAUACAUGCUGUAUGAGUCUUCUGAAGAUCUAUGGAAUGUGUUUGAUGUGGUCAUUGGCACUAAUAUCAAGAAGAUUGAUGAAUCCCAGAUUGUGCCAGUCCUCCAAAUGUUCUCUAAAGCCCCUCAUAACAGAAUGAAGUUGUUCCUAGUAUUUGUUCACAAGAUCAGAAACUCUAGACUUGAGCUGACACAGUUGGCAUCACUCGCUAGAAUUUAUGGAGAGGUAGGCUACACAGAUGCUGAUAUUUACUCAUAUCUUGAUUCUACCCUCUCAAACAGGGUACUCCAAAUGGGAGAUGAAGAAAUCACUAACACUCUGAUCGGCUUUAUGAACCCUGAUAUUAAGGGCAAGUUCAAAGUUAUUGAAAAUAUUGAGGAUCGUAUCCAUCAAAUUAUGUCAAAGGUUUCUCUCCACAAUGUUACUGUAUUACUUCUCAAAUAUGGGCAGCUGAGACAUGGGUCGAAGAUCUUGAUAAAGUCUUGCCUGAAAAGAGUUGAAGAUAUCUACUCUACUACUAACGAGUCUGUAUCUCCCAUGCAGCUGAUGAUGACGCUCUAUGGCUAUAGCUUGGUCGGCGCUGAGGCUAAGAGCUACUAUCCCGUUCUGAAGCACAUCAUUGCGGCCAAGGACGAACUAGAUUAUGGAAGGUUGACUGAGAUAUUCUCCAUCCUUAUGAAAUUCCAAGAUGAUGAAGAGUUCUUGACAGCUCUUGUCGAAAUCAGACACAAACUUGAGAAAUAUAAUACUGAUGGCACCCUAAAAGCAGACCUUGAGUAAUUUGCAAUAAUCUAAACUAAGA